CCGACACACCGAUACACCCGCCAGCAUGUCGUCUGCGCAGACGGCCUAUGAUGACCCUCACACCCCUCUCCAUCCCAAGAAGUCCGUCGGAGCUCUAUUUAAGAAACUCGUCGUCCGAGAGAAGAAGCCAAAGCUAUCCAAAAGCAUAAUCCCAUUGACGCAGAGGAAUCUUGAGGAAUUUGGCAAUCCAGACUAUACAGACAUCCACGAUGCCUUCCUCCCAGUUCGCCCAGUGCAAAGAAAAGUAUCGAUAUCUGAAUGGCUUCAACUCUUACCAUGAAUCUGAAGCAAUUGAAGGAGCCCUGCCCAUCGGAGCGAACUCCCCACAGAACCCUCCUUACGGCCUCUAUGCUGAAAAGCUCUCUGGAACAGCAUUUACAGCCCCUCGUCACGAAAACCAACAGACCUGGCUCUAUCGAAUCUUGCCCUCAUGCGGCCACAGCAACUUCGAGCCUCGAGAAUCGUCGACCUACAAUACCAACCCAGAGAACAAACCGUACGAAAAGAUCCACCAUAUACCCAACCAACUACGAUGGGACCCCUUCGAUCUUGAUGAAACAGUCGACUGGGUCCACUCGCUCCACCUUGUCGCCGGCGCUGGGGACCCAACAAUGAAAACAGGCAUCGGCAUCUACAUCUUCGCAGCGGGCAAAGACAUGGACGCCCACGAAGCCUUCUAUUCGGCCGAUGGUGACUUCCUUAUCGUGCCCCAACACGGCGUUCUCGACAUCCAAACCGAAAUGGGCCACCUCCUCGUGCGCCCCAACGAAAUAUGCGUAAUUCCGCGCGGCAUAAAAUACCGCGUUACUCUCCCCCAAGGUCCCGUUCGAGGCUAUAUCCUCGAGCUUUACCAAGGCCACUUCACGCUCCCCGAACUUGGUCCCAUCGGCUCUAACUGCCUAGCCAACGCGCGGGACUUCCAAGCGCCCGUCGCUUCUUUUGAAGAAGACACAACUAGCACCUGGCACAUCCUGUGCAAAUUCGCGGGUCAUCUUUUCAGCGCCGCGCAAACUCACACACCCUUCGACGUUGUAUCCUGGCACGGCCUCUACUACCCCUACAAAUAUGACCUCGGACGCUUCAACACCAUCGGCAGCGUCUCCUUCGACCACCCUGACCCCUCUAUCUACACGGUCCUAACCGCGCAAUCUGACCACCCGGGAACCGCCAUCGCCGACUUCGUAAUUUUCCCGCCACGCUGGCUCGUCGCAGAAGACACCUUUCGCCCACCCUGGUACCACCGCAACACAAUGUCCGAAUUCAUGGGUCUCAUCCACGGCCAGUACGACGCCAAAACGGGCGGGGGCUUUCAACCUGCGGGUGCAUCGCUGCACAACGUCAUGGCCGGUCACGGACCCGACGCGACCACGCACGAGAAAGCGUCGAAUGUGGAGCUGCGGCCGAGUAAAGUCGGCGAGGGCAGCAUGGCAUUUAUGUUUGAGAGUUGUUUGAUGGUUGGGGUUACGGAGUGGGGGCUGGAGAAGUGUAAGAAGGUGCAGAAGGAUUAUAAUGCUGAGAGUUGGGAGCCGCUGAAACCACACUUUAAGAGGCCCGAGGGACGAGAGGAUGUUGGGAAUGGGGUGAAGGGUGCGGAGGGGAAAGAGGGGGAUAAGAACUAGGUGCGCAUUGAACGUCGUAAUCUUUAUAUUUGAUGCCUGGUGUUGUAUGGAGUGUUUGUGGUUACGAGGGCGUGGGAUUCUACCUGGCUCGCUCACUGGUAAUGAAAUGAGAUGGAAAU